CGGGUGACCAUGGAGAGUGCACUGACCGCCCGUGACCGGGUGGGAGUACAGGAUUUUGUGCUGCUGGAGAACUUCACCAGUGAGGCAGCCUUCAUCGAGAACCUGCGGCGGCGGUUCCGAGAGAACCUCAUUUACACCUACAUUGGCCCCGUCCUGGUCUCUGUCAACCCCUACCGGGACCUACAGAUUUAUAGCCGGCAGCACAUGGAACGUUACCGUGGUGUCAGCUUCUAUGAAGUGCCACCCCACCUGUUUGCCGUGGCCGACACUGUGUACCGGGCACUACGCACGGAGCGCCGGGACCAGGCAGUGAUGAUCUCAGGGGAGAGCGGGGCAGGCAAGACAGAGGCCACCAAGAGGCUGCUACAGUUCUAUGCAGAGACCUGCCCAGCCCCUGAGCGGGGGGGCGCUGUACGGGACCGGCUGCUGCAGAGCAAUCCUGUGCUAGAGGCCUUUGGAAAUGCCAAGACCCUCCGUAACGAUAACUCCAGCAGGUUUGGGAAGUACAUGGAUGUGCAGUUUGACUUCAAGGGUGCCCCUGUGGGUGGCCACAUCCUUAGUUACCUCCUGGAGAAGUCCCGAGUGGUGCACCAGAAUCAUGGGGAGCGGAACUUCCACAUCUUCUACCAGCUGCUAGAGGGGGGUGAGGAGGAGACACUGCGCAGGCUGGGCUUGGAACGGAACCCUCAGAGCUACCUGUACCUGGUGAAGGGCCAGUGUGCCAAAGUCUCCUCCAUCAAUGACAAGAGUGACUGGAAAGUCGUCAGGAAGGCACUGACAGUCAUCGACUUCACCGAGGAUGAAGUAGAGGACCUGCUGAGUAUCGUGGCCAGCGUCUUGCAUUUGGGCAACAUCCACUUUGCUGCCGAUGAGGAGAGCAAUGCCCAAGUCACCACUGAAAACCAGCUCAAGUAUCUGACCCGGCUCCUUGGCGUGGAAGGCUCGACGUUGCGGGAGGCCCUGACACACAGGAAGAUCAUCGCCAAGGGAGAAGAGCUCCUGAGCCCGCUGAACCUAGAACAGGCUGCGUAUGCGCGAGACGCUCUUGCCAAGGCUGUAUACAGUCGCACUUUUACCUGGCUCGUCGGGAAGAUCAACAGGUCACUGGCCUCCAUGGACGCUGAGAGCCCCAGCUGGCGGAGCACCACAGUUCUUGGGCUCCUGGACAUUUAUGGCUUUGAAGUGUUUCAGCAUAACAGCUUUGAGCAAUUCUGCAUCAAUUACUGCAACGAGAAGCUGCAGCAGCUUUUCAUCGAGCUCACACUCAAGUCAGAACAAGAGGAGUAUGAGGCCGAGGGCAUCGCGUGGGAACCUGUCCAGUACUUUAACAAUAAGAUCAUCUGUGACCUGGUGGAGGAGAAGUUCAAGGGCAUCAUCUCCAUUUUGGAUGAGGAGUGUCUGCGCCCUGGGGAGGCCACGGAUCUGACCUUCCUGGAGAAGCUGGAGGACACAAUCAAACACCAUCCCCACUUCCUGACUCUGGAGCUCGCUGACCAGCGGACCAGGAAGUCUCUGGGCCGCGGGGAGUUCCGCCUUCUGCACUAUGCUGGGGAGGUGACCUACAGCGUGACUGGGUUUCUGGAUAAAAACAAUGACCUUCUCUUCCGGAAUCUGAAGGAGACCAUGUGCAGCUCGAAGAAUUCCAUCAUGGGCCAGUGCUUCGACCAGAGCGAGCUCAGUGACAAGAAGCGGCCAGAGACGGUCGCCACCCAGUUCAAGAUGAGCCUCCUGCAGCUGGUAGAGAUCCUGAAGUCCAAGGAGCCCGCCUACAUCCGCUGCAUCAAACCUAAUGACGCCAAACAGCCGGGCCGCUUUGACGAGGUGCUGAUCCGGCACCAGGUGAAAUACCUGGGGCUCAUGGAGAACCUGCGCGUGCGCAGAGCAGGCUUUGCCUACCGCCGCAAAUACGAAGCUUUCUUGCAGAGGUACAAGUCACUGUGCCCAGAGACAUGGCCCAUGUGGGCAGGACGGCCCCAGGAUGGAGUGGCUGUGCUGGUCAGACACCUCGGCUACAAGCCAGAAGAGUACAAGAUGGGCAGGACCAAAAUCUUCAUCCGCUUCCCCAAGACCCUAUUUGCCACAGAGGAUGCCCUGGAGGUCCGGCGGCAGAGCCUGGCCACGAAGAUCCAGGCCGCUUGGAGGGGCUUUCACUGGCGGCAGAAAUUCCUCCGGGUGAAGCGAUCAGCCAUCUGCAUCCAGUCAUGGUGGCGUGGAACACUGGGCCGGAGGAAGGCAGCCAAGAGGAAGUGGGCAGCACAGACCAUCCGGCGGCUCAUCCGUGGCUUCAUCCUGCGCCACGCACCCCGCUGCCCUGAGAAUGCCUUCUUCCUGGACCAUGUGCGUACCUCUUUUUUGCUGAACCUGCGGCGGCAGCUGCCCCGGAAUGUUCUGGACACCUCCUGGCCCACGCCCCCACCUGCCCUGCGCGAGGCCUCAGAGCUUCUACGAGAGUUGUGCAUAAAGAACAUGGUGUGGAAAUACUGCCGGAGUAUCAGCCCAGAGUGGAAGCAGCAGCUGCAGCAAAAGGCUGUGGCUAGUGAGAUCUUCAAGGGCAAGAAGGAUAAUUACCCCCAGAGCGUCCCCAGGCUCUUCAUCAGCACACGGCUUGGCGCAGAUGAGAUCAGCCCCAGAGUGCUGCAGGCCCUGGGCUCUGAGCCCAUCCAGUAUGCUGUGCCUGUAGUGAAGUAUGAUCGCAAGGGCUAUAAGCCUCGCUCCAGGCAGCUGCUGCUCACGCCUAGUGCCGUGUUCAUCGUGGAGGAUGCCAAAAUCAAGCAGAGGAUUCAUUACGCCAACCUGACCGGAAUCUCCGUCAGCAGCCUAAGUGACAGCCUGUUUGUGCUUCAUGUGCAGCGUGAGGACAAUAAGCAGAAGGGGGAUGUGGUGCUGCAGAGUGACCACGUGAUUGAGACACUGACCAAGACAGCUCUCAGCGCUGACUGCGUAAACAACAUCAACAUUAACCAGGGCAGCAUCACAUUUGCAGGGGGCCCCGGCAGGGAUGGCAUUAUUGACUUCACACCCGGCUCAGAGCUGCUCAUCACCAAGGCCAAGAACGGGCACCUGGCUGUGGUAGCCCCACGGCUGAAUUCUCGGUGAUGAAGGCACCCACUGGACCCCUCCCAACUCCCAAUGCUUUGCUUAUUUCCUCCUCCCCUCCCCAGUUACCAAAGACUCGAGCUUCCAGACAGGGACCCAGGGACACCUUGAAGCCCACCUGCAAACUCCUGUCUCCUGCUCACCCCUCUUUUGAAAGAGCAGGGGGUUCAGGGAGCUACCCUAGGAGUGGGCCAGGCCGGGCCACAGCAAUAGGAAAGCUCGGGCUAGAGCAAGACAUGCCAGCCCAACUGUCAAUGCCAAAUAUUUGAGAGAAGGGAACUUUUUCUGAAGUUUUCUCUGAGAUUUUUUGAUGCUCUAUAGGAAACUUAUUUUUUAAAAAAGCCAUUUUCCCACCGCAAGACACACUGGAUGUGUUUUCCCUGACUCCAACAGGGCAAGGAAUGUAGCUGAGAGGUUGGUCUGGUGCCCUCUUCCCUGGCCAGGCCACUUCUCCUCCUUGUUCCUUUGGCACCUUGUCUGUCUGCCUACCCACCUGCACAUUUUGCAGCCCGCUCUGACCUCCACCUGGGGACUGAGACCAUCUUUGUCUGCCCCCUUUUUCCUUCCUUAAGAAUGCCCUUUUAAAAUCAUCAUCCUAGUCUGAGGGCGUCCCGGAAUGGGAAAGAAGUCUUAGACCAGAGAAUCUGGAAAACUCUAUUAUCUGUCCAGCCCUCUGGUGUUACAGAGCAGGACACAGAGGCUCAAAGAGAAGGGUCUUGCCCAAGGUCUUAUAGCAGGUUGUGGCAAAACACGGAUGGCAGCCCUGUCUUCAGUACACCUCACUGCCGCUCCCAGGGACAGGGAGCCCCAUGAAACAUGGGUCAUGUCUUAAGUGUGCAUCUGGCCCCCUGACCAGCAACCACCCUUGGGGGCCAUCAGGUGGGAGGAACACUUCUGCCUGAGUCCAUGCCUUAGGAUGACAAACACCCUGCCCAUACACUUUGGCCCCAAUUCAAGGAUGUAGGGCCUUUAUUGGCCUCUGACCUCUCCCUGGCAUGGGAGUCUGGGGAAGGAGCUGGCCUUGGGAGGAGCUGCAGGGGCAUCACCUCUUUCUGCUGCUUCCCCCCACAACACCCCCAAAGGGUCUGGGGGCUGCCCAGCUGCCUCUGUGCCCUUCUGGGGGUCUCAGCCCACUGCUGACACUUCUGCAGUCCAGAGAAACACUAAAUAAAGCAAUAUGUGUUUGCCAA